GAUUUCAUUUUUCAUCAGCAGCGCCGAUACACACCAUUUCCUCCGAUCUCCCCCCAAAUGACCACCGCACUGAGGAAGAACCGCAAGAAGCGCGGCCACGUGAGCGCCGGGCACGGCCGUAUCGGAAAGCACCGCAAGCAUCCCGGAGGUCGGGGUAACGCCGGAGGAAUGCACCACCACCGGAUCCUGUUCGACAAGUACCAUCCCGGUUACUUCGGAAAGGUCGGUAUGCGGUACUUCCACAAGCUCCGCAACAAGUUCUACUGCCCCACGGUCAACAUCGACACCCUCUGGUCAAUGGUGCCGCAGGAGGUCAAGGACAAGGCCACCAAGGACAACGCGCCGGUGAUUGACGUCACUCAGUUUGGGUACUUCAAGGUUUUGGGCAAGGGUUUGCUGCCCGCCGGUCAGCCCGUCGUCGUGAAGGCCAAACUUGUAUCCAAGACUGCUGAGAAGAAGAUUAAGGAAGCUGGUGGUGCUGUUUUGCUCACUGCUUAGUUAGUUUUUUUUAAUUUAAUUUAAUGCAAUGGGGAUUUUUAUUUUUAUUAUUAUUAUUAUGGUUGAAAAGAUUUUGAUUGAAGGGUGGAUUUUUAAUAUUGCUAUGAAUCUGACAUUGACUUUUUUAUUAAGUGAUUUUUGGUAUUACAGUA